AUGUCUAAAGACAGUGACCGUAGUAAAAACGAUCUGGCACGGCUGCAGGCAGACUUUGAAGAAGAAAGAAAGAUAAAAGAGACGCUGGAAGAGUCCGUCUCAGAUCUACGCAGGACCGUGUAUGAGCUGCAAGAAAGACUGCAAGGUGUUGAUGGUGAAGGGAAUGAGUGGAGGACCAGGUAUGAGAGCCAGCUGGAGGUAAAUGGACAGCUGGAGAGGCAGAGCUCACUCCUCCGGGAGAAGCUGGAGAUUAUAAGAGGAAACCCCAUGGAUCGACUGGCCUCUAUCCGAUCAUAUGAGGACAUGCCAGAGGAAAUGCUUAAAGAGCAUCUAAAGCUCCAGACAGAGGAGAAGUUAGAGCUCCAGACUCAGCUGAGGAACUGUCAUCUUCAAAUGGAGCAGGAGGGAAAGGCAUUUCAUAAAACCAAUGAUGAGAGGCGGGCGUACCUCUCAGAAAUUGCUAUGAGUUCUACCCACGAGGCCCGUCGGAGACGCAUUUCCUCUCAGCCACAGAGAGCACCGGGGAGCCAGCAGAGCAGGAAGCAGACUAGCAGGAAGACGGAGGCUGAUUCUAAGAAAGGAAAAGAAGGAGAAGAACAUGGAGGAGGAGAACAUCUGAAAGGAGGAGGAGGUGGUGAUUCAGCCAUAGAGAGAAGAAAGGAGAUGGAAACGUUAAGGGAGAGGAGGUUGCCCUCAAAACACUACCUGAAACACAACCGCUAA